AUGUCGACCUCCACCGACCCCUCAGCCUCCACAGUCCGCGCCCGCCGCCCAUCCCCAUAUCGCCUGCCAACACUGCCUGCCUUCCUCGCAGCCUUUGCGCCUCUUCACGCAGCGGGAUGGCGUCUGGACGUGCUCCAGACUAGCGGACCAGGUGCGACGACACAGUCUGCGGCGGAGGACAUGAUCUCGGGUGCGGAUCUGCAGGGACGCCGUCUGGUGCGCGCGUACGGGUUCCCGAGCGAUCGCGAUGGAUGGCGCGCGCUCAUGACACUCAUGGCACGGAUCGGAGAGGCCGUUGAGGAACUAGAUCACCAUCCGGUCCUGCUCGCAGCGCCGGCAUCUGAUCUACCGCCCGAUGUUGCAGAGCUCGCCCCAAAUGCCGGAUACGUGCUGUACAUUGCGACGCAUACGCAUACACCGAUGCCUCCAAUGGGUGUACAGAUGGAAGAUGGCAGACAGGUCUAG